AUGGCCGAAGCGGUCGCAGCAUUCUAUGCCGUGGAAACGGUGGUCGAGGGCGCCGCUGUUGGCGCAGUUGCGGUAGCAAGGUCGACGGCACCGCUACAUUUGAGUUUUCGAAAGAUUCGUUCUCCUGCAAAGGGGCGGGAGCUCGCCAGAUCGGGUCAUACGGUCAAUAUCGUCAGGGGGAAAGCAUAUGUCAUUGGAGGGGUUGGUGACAAUGGCCGGGAAGCUGCUAUAGCUGCAUUAACGCUGCCGGUUGCGUCGUCGACGGCUGGAGAAGGCACUUUGAAUCCUCAGGACUUUCAGGUUGUGAGACCAGAGUAUAGGGUGCUGGAUCGUCCAUUGGCAGAGAAGCCUCAGCCUAGUGAUGAACAGAUCUCCCAGGACGAAAUUUUCUGCAGAGUAGGCCACUCCUCUACUGCCAUUGAUGAUAAAUUGUUUAUUACUGGUGGUGAGAGUGUGGCCACAGGCGGAUCUACACAUUCCCUCGAGAAGUUCGUCGUCUUCGACACGUUGACCAAUGGCUACAGUGUUCUGGAAGCUGAUAUUUCGAGCUGUGUUGAUGGUAUACCUCCACCACGGACAAAUCAUUCCGCAACGGUCUCUCCAUUACCACCCGCAAAUUCCCUACCAGGCGGUCCGACACUUGAUGCUCACGGAACUAUCUUCAUCCAUGGUGGCCGGAGCACAGGUUCGGAAGCUGGUGAAACACUGCGCGAUACCUGGGCAUUUGAUAUUGGGACUCGAGCUUGGGCCAAACUACCAGACAUACCGGACCCUGGUCCAUUAGAGAUCGCUGGUGAAGGAAGGAUAGUUUACAGGAAUGACAGACUCUGGAGACUUGGAGAUGGAUUCGGCAGGGUCAUGUACCUUGACCUCAACAAAGCUAAUUCAGCGGGCACUGGAUCGCAGAUCAGUGUGGCUCUCAAAGAUGGCGUUUGCUGGGAGGUGGUCAAUUUUGGGACAGAAGUAACGGAUGGAGAGUCUCAGGGCACAUCAUCCGCCCCUACCACCAAUCAACCAGUCUCAUUACCAUUACCCAGAGUCUCGAGCGGCACUGUUCCUAUCACCACAGGUUCUGGACGAGAAUAUCUGAUAUAUUUCAUGGGCAGAGACAGUAUGACAGGACCUCAUGAUGAUUUCUGGACAUUCCAGAUUGAUGCCGAAAGCAAUACUGCAGCAAGCGUGAAAGAUAAGAUUCGGGAUGCACUUCCUGUGGAUCCUGACAGCUCCUGGAAAUCCGGAAGGCACACCUGGGCCAAGUGUGAACUGGUGGCUGAUCAGCAAAAGAAAAUAGCAGAGGAAAAGCAGGAGACGAAAGACACUCUCAGCGAAUGGCCACCAGGACUGUAUGACUUUGGGAGCGACGUCUGGGCGGAUCAAGGGAGGGAUUCUUUCUUGAUCUGGGGCGGGAAGAAGGGUGGUAAGAACAGCAGCCAGGGGGCGGUCGUUGACGGAGGUUGGGUUGUUACUGCCAAAUGA